GUUACUUGAUCAGAGUGCCAUGUUCUCAAAUAAGAAUACAAAUAUGUAAGUGCAUAAUUAGCUUUUACCAUGCUGAGCCAUCAGUAAAAGAAUUUGAAGGUUAUCAACCUACAAGUGCAAAUUAUAAAAAGCAGAUUGUAGAAUUAGGAGGUUUAGCAGAGACUGUGGUUUCAUCCCUAACACUUGUUGAAAAUCAACUUUCUGAGAAAUUAUGGAUCAUCAAAGCUUUGCAACAUCUUUCUAUUUCUGAAGCAAAUUGUAAACUUAUGAUGAAAGCUGAAGCACCAAGAAUAUUAUGUUCUCAUCUGAAUGAUGUUGACCCCUCUGGGCAAUUAUUAUUCCGUUCCUCGGAAAUCCUUUGGAAUUUAUUAGAAAAAACCUCCAAGGAACAAAUUAUUGAACAGCUCAGUAACUGGGAAUGUGUACAUGCUCUGAAGGAAGCAUUUACAAAUUUACUUAUACACGGUUUCCGCCAUUAUGAUCGUCAGUUAAGAAAUGACAUUUUGGUGAUAGCUACUCUUGUUGCUCAGAACCCAGGAGCUCCAAUGAUUGAAACUGGAUUUUCCAAACAAUUAAUAUUAUUUGCUACUUUUGAUGAAGUGAAAAGUCAUAGUCCUUUGGUAAAAGGUCUUAAGCUUACUUCCUGUUAUGAAGACUUUGAGCUGAAAAAGCUACUGCUUAACAUGCUUACUGUACUAGCAAAAGAUUUAUGUUCUGUUCAG